AUAAACAUUUUUUCAGAGAGAGCCAAACCAAUCGAAGCGACAAACCCUAAUUCCCAAUUUUCUGAGCAAAAGACACCGUCAGCAAGAGAUGAUGCGUGCUUCCGUGUAUGCCAAGAUAUAAGAGGUUCAAAUUUGGAUUGAGAGAAUCAGAACAAAGUUUAAGAUUAAGCGAAAGGAGUUUGGAGAAGACUUAUAAAAGGCUAGUGGAAAAGGAACAACAACUUUGUGACCGGCUAAAUCAGAGAUCGAAGAAAGUAAAACAACGUUUGAAAGAAACCGAGUUGAGUUUGGAUGAGAUUUCUGCAAAGCUUGAGGAAAGACAUCGACGACUCUUUGAUAGGCUUGAGAAAUCAGUACAAAAAUUGGAACUAAGUGAAACGAAUUUGGAAGAGUGCUUGAAAAGCUACGACUAUGCCAUUACAAAGUUGAGGAAGUGUGGAUGAAGGAAUCGAUGAGGAAGAGUAGUACUGAGAGAAUCAUGAAUCAAAA